AGGAGGCCUACCGUAGUAUGUCACCGCGAGCGAGAGGAGGCCUUCAUGAUGAUGGAAGCGGUGAUGAUGUUGCAGGAAGUUUGCUCAGCGAAGGAGAUGUGUCCUCUGGUUCUUGUAGUGGUACAACGACCAAGUGUCGUCGCGGAAGCAGUGCAAGAGAGCAGGAUAGCGAUAGAGGCAGUGGCCCUAGUGAAUUCUUCAUGUCGGGUAUGCCUAGCGCGGGUGAUAUUGGCGGAACAAGCUGUGUAAGUCGUAGUCUAGUUCCUCCUCCACCUGGCUGCAGUGGUGUCACAUCGUGUGGAC